CCGUCACGAACAAUUGUAACAGGCAGGUGACUCUCUAUUCCUUCGCAAAAUCUUCACCCCGACACACACCACCUCAGGUCUGCAAUUUCAAGGAAGCUCGAUACCAUUUGUUCAACGCCUUAUUCGUAACUUCUCGAUCGGCUGCCGUGCUGAUUCAGGUUAGGUUUCUUAUUCAAGUUUGGUUAGUCGCUGGUUUAGGCCAAGGAUCUAGCGUUCAGUAAAUACAUCAAAAUGAGUCGUCUACAGGAUCCACACCGUCCUUUCUUCCCCUUUGGAAAUCCUUUCAAAAUGAUAUCGCCCAAGGGGUCCCAAUUGUCUUCAAGGCUUAAAUCAUUACUGGAUGCCUUUGAAGAAACCUUGGCAGAGAGGUUGAGAAAGCUCAACCCGAAAGACAAAAGUGAUGUUCUCAGCUUGUCAUGGAUGAAGUUUGCAGUGGAGUCCCUUUGUGAGACUCAUAAUGACGUAAAAACUCUCAUAACUGAUCUUGAACUCCCUGUGAGUGAUUGGGAUGAGAAAUGGAGAGAUAUGUACUUGGACAUUAGUGUGAAAUUGCUUGACAUUUGCAUUGCUUUCAGCUCUGAGCUUACACGUCUUAAUCAAGGCCAUCUCUUACUGAAGUGGGUCUUGCAUAAUUUGAAAUCAAACACUUCAGAGCAGCUUGUACGAGCACGAUCUUCACUUGAUAGCUGGAGACAGCUCAUAAGAUCAAAGAACCCGAGAGUUGACAACUGUGGGACUAUCUUAGAUGAUCUUGUAGUUUCUCUUGAUCUGCCCAAGGCUAAAAAUUCUGACAAAGGAAAGGUUCUGAUGCGUGCUAUGUAUGGAUUUAAAGCUGCGACUGUGUUUCUAUGUAGCAUCUUUGCUGCAGCAUUCUCCGGUUCCGUGAACAAAUUGUUAGAUUUGAAUGUGCCUGACACUUUCUCAUGGGCACACACAUUUAGAGAUUUGCAGAUGAAUGUAAAUGGAGAAAUUAGAAGUAUACUUUCCAGUGGAACAGGUACAGUUUUGAAGGAAUUGGAUGCGGUUGAUGUGAUCGUGAAGAAAUUGUAUCCCUGGAUCCAAGAUGGGGUGGCCCAUGGUGAGAUAGAGGUAUUUCAAAAUUCCAUGUCAGAAUUAGAAAGGGCUGCUGGUAAGCUUUCACUGGGGCUGGAUGUUCUCAUAAUGGAAGUAGAUAGCUUUUUCAAAAUAGUUUUAACUGGGCGUGAUGCAUUGCUUUGUAACUUAAGAGCGGCUGGUACUUUCUCUGAACCAAUGUUAGCGAGUAAUGUAGAACACCAGGCCGUAAGAUAAUUAUGUACACAGGUGGUAUAUGCAUGAAGUCUUUUAUUGAUUGUUGGUGUGUAAUCGUCUUUGUAUGGCUUAUUGGAUUUGGUGGUGUGAGAAGUUUGUCUUGUUAUAGUAAUAUAUCAAUGUUGUGUGCCAUGUUGUACUUUAUAAUGGAAAAAUAUGUAAAUUGCUUUUAUUAUUUGUGCAAAUGUUUGGUUACCUCA